GAAAUUAGAAAUAAUAUCUUAUACUGAAGAACGACAAGAAAUUAAAAAUAGUUUAUUAUACAAAGAACUUAACAAAUCAAAAAAGAAACAAGACCUUGAAAACCUUGAACGAUACCAAAUUAUUUUAGGACUACUGGCAUUAGCAGAACAAAGACCAGAAGACUAUACCUGGAAGAAAGAGAUACUAGAAUUAUAA